CGCCCUCAUCCUAUCAGCCCUCGUGCCCCACUAGCGCGAGCCGAGUGUCCCGACGGAUGGAAACAUGGCGACAGAGUUCCACAACCUCCAGGAGUUGAGGCACAGCGCAUCCUUGGCCAACAAAGUCUUCAUCCAGAGGGACUACAGUGAAGGGACCACCUGCAAGUUUCAGACCAAGUUCCCCUCGGAGCUGGAGAGCAGGAUUGAGCGAACUCUCUUCGAGGACACGGUCAAGACGCUGAACAGUUACUACGCCGAGGCGGAGAAGAUCGGAGGGCAGUCUUACCUGGAGGGAUGCCUGGCCUGCUCCACCGCGUAUCUGAUCUUCCUCUGCAUGGAGACGCGCUAUGAGAAGGUGCUGAGGAAGAUCGCCAAGUACAUCCAGGAGCAGAAUGAGAAGGUCUACGCCCCAAGAGGUCUGCUCAUCACGGAUCCAAUCGAGAGGGGGAUGCGUGUUAUAGAGAUCUCCAUCUACGAAGACCGAGGCUCCAGUGGCUCCACCUCAGGCAGCAGCUCUGUGUCCAGCAGCACCGCUCGAUGACUGGCCGCGCCCCACUAUCCACCUCCAUGAAACCACUCCAGCCAAAGCAUCCCAUGCACAUCCAGACGCCAGGAGAAAGGAAGGUUGUUUCCUCAAGCUUUGACUCAAAAACACCCUGGUUGUUUUGUGCGUCUUCCAUCCCUUUUCCCUUUUAUUUUCCGACUGACGUUGCUGCAGCUCUGUGUCAACCGAUCUGCUGCUCCAGCAGAUGCGCACGGGUGAAGCACAGGGAUCCACAAGUCGUUCCAAAUAUGAUCAAUAUGUAGCAAAUCUUCCAAGGUAAACCACCUCCUGACACAAGCGCGCGCACAAAGGGAAGUGCCAACCUCUGAACUAGAGCAGUUCUUCACUUUUAUUAUGCAAGGAGAGUAUUAAUCCAGCAGUAACUAGUCGUGUCUUCCUGAAUCUUCCCAUGUGUUUUAAUCUACACCUCCUCUUUAUGUAUAAAAGAGCAAGGACGGUCGAGAUUAUGCAGCGACUGGCCAGUCUUUGUUAUCACCUGACUAUGUCUAUACAUCACAUGCACCGCUGACAAAUAAAUGCUCUUUCAUCAUGA